AUGCAAUAACCAUUAUUCUUACAAAUUAGGUAAUUCAUUUUACAAUUUGAUAUGUUUGGAUAGCCUCCAAAAUUUAGGAUUUUGGGGAAAUACAAAUAUAAUUCAACUUUGGGGGCACUAUCAACAUUAGGGACUAUUUUCUUUGCUCUGGCUUAUUUAAUCGUUGGGAUUUAAGAAUUAAUAGCUAAAAAUUCGCCAAAUGUGAUUUCAUCAGAGAGAUAAGUAGUAGAGACAUCACCAUUUUUUCUCGAAAGGAAUAAUUUCACAAUUGCAAUUACCAUGGCUGAUCUUAAUAGUCAACCUUUAACAACGAUAAAUAAAUAUUUUACUAUUUCUCUAAAAAAUUGUUAAACCACUAGAAUUUAUAAUGAAACAUCCUAAUCUUCGAAUGUUACAAGAAACUGCACGAUGAUCCCGUUGGAAGCAUGCACUAAGGAGCAUUUUUUAUCUGAAACUUAGAUUGACUACUUCUCAAGAAUUAGACUGGGAUCUGUAUAGUGUAUCUAAAAGGAUUAUUGGGAUGAUCAUCCACCUGUACUACAAGGGAUUAAAACAAGUCCUGUAUAUUCCUCAUUGACAAUAACCGUUUCUGUGUGUAAGAACUCCACUAAUAAAAGUGAUUGUGCUCCAAUUGAGGACAUAAAAAAAUAGCUGAGUUCUGGAUUUUAUGCAGUUCAUUUAAGUGACUCAUUAUUGUAGAUGAAUAGAGCUGUCAAUAUGUCCUUAGAUGUCAUAAACAUCUAAUAUUACACAUUUUCAAUUACGACUUCUAAAAACAUAUUUUAGCAAUUUAAAGUUGUCGAUACUUAGACAGAUUCUGGCAUGGUGUUUUCAGAUUUAUCUGAAUAGCAAGUGCUCAUUUAGGAUUCACUCAGAGAGUCAACAGACCUAUACAAUGAAGAAUACUUAGUUUUACACAGUAUCAAUUUAAGUUCAAAAUAUACGGAAUACCAAAGAUCGUAUGUGAAGAUUCAAGCCAUUUUAAGCAGAGUGGGAGGCUUAUAUUAAAUGAUAUUUCUAUUGUUGUCAGCAUUCAUUUAACCUCUCGCUUAGUUAAUGUUGGACAUAGACAUGGCAAAUGAAUUGUUCAAAUUCAGUGACAACAAAAAGGAUAAAUUAAAUUUAUCUGAUGACAAUAAAGUCAUUGACGGGUUGGCUGGAAUAGUCAGAAGCAGGAGGAAACUGUUAUCUCCUAGAGACACUGGCAGAUUGAACAGUGAUAAUAAUCAGGAAGUUAUGAUUAAUGAAAGUUUGAAUAUAAUUCUAUAGAAGAAGAACCAAAUUAGCAGGAACAUUAAAACAAUCAUUUGGAUAUUCAUAGGUUGCGACAAAAAGAAGAAGAAGAUGUUGGAAAUGGCAAAGGAGAAAUAUAUGGAGAAAUUAGAUGUGAAAUUGAUAAUUUAAAAAUUGUAUGAACUUGAUCAACUGAGAGAUAUUAUAUUGACAGAGGAACAGAAGAAAUUAUUCAAAUAUUUGCCUAAACCUGACAUUGCCCAAGACUUAGAACAAGCCAAAUGUCUGGAUUAAUCAAAGUAAAAUUAAUAAUUGCAGUCUAUUGCAAUUUAGGAGGCAUUUUAAGCUUAUGAAAAAGUUGUAUCUUUAGGUUGGAAAUCAGGGGUUAAUUAAAAAUUAAUUUAAUCUUUAGAUCCAGAAAUCUAGUAGCUGUUCUAGUCGCUUCAAAAGAGCUAAGCGAACUAGAAUCAAUUCUUAAAUGAGAUUCCUUUGAAUCAAUCUAAGGUCAGAUUUGAUGUGGGGGAUUUAGAGGAUUGUUAAUCAAUCUAUGAUGAUUGCAACGCUAAUCCUCAGAGAAUUUAUACCUAAGUCCCAAAAAAAAUGAAUAAAUGGCAUGAAACAUAAUGA